UGGAGGCUUAACAACAGCUAUGCUCUCGACUUUGCAGUUGAUAGAUACACAUGCAACAUUUGUUAAUGCAAAUACCAUUCAACUACCUGUGUAUAUGAUCAUACUUGAUACUACAGAGAAAUUAUUUCUUUUGGAUAGGCAAUAAUGGUUGUUAUGACUGCCAUUAAGAGUAUAUUGUUGUCACUGCUAUUUUUUGUUUGUUUGUUAUUUUUAUGCAAUUCAGGUGGGAAUGGAACUUACCAAAUAGUUUGGUAAUCUUGGAACUGGGCAUGGCACAUCCGUGCUUGAAAUGGUUGCUGCCUUUGAAAAAGCUUCCGACAAGAAAAUUCCAUUAAAAAUGUGUCCCAGAAGACCCGGGGAUGCUACUGCUGUAUAUGCAUCUACGAACAAGGCUGAGAAAGAACUUGGUUGGAAGGCAAAAUACGGUAUAGAGGAAAUGUGCAGGGAUUUGUGGAAUUGGACAAGCAAAAAUCCAUGGGGAUACCAGGGGAAGCAUUCAAUGAAAUUCGGUGCUCGAUCGGUUGUACUUGGAGGAGGUCUUCCUCCACCAUAUCAUAUCAUCUCCACUCCAUAUAUAGUAUGUUGAUGUUUCUUUUGUUGAUACAAUUGAUUGAUUGAUUGAUUCUUUACACUACAUAUGUUGUUGGCCUAAAUAAUUGUCUGAUUAUGAAUUUUCAUAUUGUAGAAUGGACCACUUUGAUGAGUUAUAUAUGAGAAUUAAUUUAAAUGAUU